GCACGAGCGUGUCGAUUUUAUCACUUGCAAAUUGGUUCUUUUCUUCGUUUCAAUCUUUGUAUUUUUUAUUUACUUUUCCUUUUUAUUUGGUAUAAGAAUGGCUUUUAUUAAUGAGCGAAUGGCGAAGAAGCGCGAGUGUAUAUCGAUACACAUCGGCCAGGCGGGAGUGCAAAUGGGCAAUGCUUGCUGGGAGUUGUAUUGUCUGGAGCAUGGAAUUCAGCCCGAUGGCCAGAUGCCAAGUGACGAUACAUCAACCAGAAGAGACGACUCCUUCGGUACAUUUUUCUCGGAGAGCGACACCGGGAAGCAUGUCCCCAGGGCUGUUUUCGUUGAUUUGGAACCGACUGUUGUAGACGAAGUGAGAACAGGAACAUACAGACAGCUAUUUCACCCUGAGCAGCUAAUAACCGGAAAAGAAGACGCGGCAAACAAUUACGCCCGGGGUCAUUACACAAUAGGAAAGGAAAUAGUUGACCUAACCCUGGAUCGAAUCCGUAGACUAGCGGAGCAAUGUCGUGGCCUCCAGGGCUUCCUCAUAUUCCAUUCCUUCGGAGGUGGGACAGGCUCUGGAUUCUCCAGUUUACUCAUGGAGAGACUCUCCGUUGAAUAUCCCAAGAAGAGCAAACUCACCUUCAGCAUUUAUCCAGCCCCCCAGGUGUCCACUGCCGUUGUCGAGCCAUACAAUGCCAUUCUUUACACACACCCCACCCUUGAACAUUGUGAGGUGGCGUUUAUUGUCGAUAAUCAGGCUAUUUACGAGCUCUGUAGAAGAAACUUGAGCAUCGAGAGACCAAGCUAUACAAAUUUAAACAGACUAAUCGGCCAAAUUGUCUCGUCCAUAACCGCGAGUUUGCGAUUCGAUGGGGCUCUCAAUGUCGACCUCACAGAAUUCCAAACGAAUCUAGUCCCUUACCCUCGCAUUCACUUCCCACUGGCCACGUAUGCUCCAGUUCUGUCGGCGGAUAAAGCCGGUCACGAGAGGUCAACAGUUGCGGAUAUUACAGCGUCAUGCUUCGAACCGAAUCAUCAGAUGGUUAAUUGCGAUCCCAGACGGGGCAAGUAUAUGGCCGUUUGCAUGCUGUAUCGGGGGGAUGUGGUUCCUAAGGAUGUUAAUUAUGCUAUUGCAAUGAUCAAGAAGCAGAAGCAUGUGCAAUUUGUUGAGUGGUGUCCCACCGGUUUCAAAGUAGGAAUCAAUUAUCAACCACCAACAGUAGUUCCUGGAGGUGAUUUAGCGCGAACAGAAAGAGCAGUUUGUUGUCUAUGUAAUACAACAGCGAUCGUUGAGGCCUGGGCACGAAUUGAUCAUAAAUUCGAUCUGAUGUACUCCAAAAGGGCCUUUGUACAUUGGUUCGUCGGUGAGGGAAUGGAGGAGGGAGAAUUCUCAGAGGCUCGAGAGGACCUGGCGGCCCUCGAGUUGGACUACCGCGAGGUACAAGAGGACACCGUCCACACCGAGGACGACGAGUACUAAAUUUAUGACCCAAAACCGCAGUACUUGGAACAUCCGAAUUUCGCCGCGGGGAAGUCUUCAAAUUUCCACGAAUCUUCAGCAUUAGUGAUCACCAGAAUUAUCAUUAUUCAUGUCUCAUUAAAUAUCUCAAGUGCAUUGAGAGAGAAAAUUAGUUUUCCUGGAAAAUUAUGUGUUCCACGGAUGAGAUGUUUUGUCGUGUUGAAUCAAUUUAGUUGUAGUCAAUAAAGGAUGGUUCCAUUGAAA